AUGGCCCCCAAGGGCUGCGCGGGGCCUCCGCCUCUGCCACCCGCGAGGGCCUGCGUCUGGCCCGGGAAGGUGUUAGCUAUGGGAGCCCUAGCUGUCUUCUGGGUGCUCAGCCUCCUCACCUAUGGCUACCUGUCCUGGGGCCAGGGCUUAAAGGAGGAGGAGGAAGGGGCCUUGCGAGCUCAAGCCGGAGGAGAGGGACCGGAGCCCCAUAACCCGGCCACCUCCCAACCCCACAUCAUUUUCAUCUUGGCGGAUGAUCAGGGAUUUAGGGAUGUGGGUUACCACGGAUCUGAGAUCAAGACGCCCACUUUGGACAAGCUCGCUGCCGAAGGAGUGAAACUGGAGAACUACUAUGUCCAGCCCAUUUGUACACCAUCCAGGAGUCAAUUUAUUACUGGAAAGUAUCAGAUACACACAGGACUCCAGCACUCUAUCAUAAGACCCACCCAGCCCAACUGUUUACCCCUGGACAAUGCAACCCUACCUCAGAAGCUGAAAGAGGUGGGCUACUCAACACACAUGGUUGGCAAGUGGCACUUGGGUUUUUACAGGAAAGAAUGCAUGCCCACGAGGAGAGGAUUUGACUCCUUUUUUGGCUCCCUCUUGGGAAGUGGUGAUUACUACACACACUACAAAUGUGACAGCCCUGGGGUUUGUGGCUACGACUUGUACGAAAAUGACCACGCGGCCUGGGAUUAUGACAACGGCUUAUAUUCCACACAGAUGUACACUCAGAGAGUGCAGCAAAUCUUAGCUUCCCAUAAUCCUGCAAAGCCUAUAUUUUUAUAUAUUGCCUAUCAAGCGGUUCACUCACCACUGCAAGCCCCAGGCAGGUACUUGGAACACUACCGGUCCAUCAUCAACAUAAACAGAAGGAGGUACGCCGCUAUGCUCUCCUGCUUGGAUGAAGCCAUCCACAACGUGACCCUGGCUCUGAAGGCAUACGGUUUCUACAACAAUAGCAUUAUCAUCUACUCUUCAGACAAUGGGGGUCAGCCCAUGGCAGGUGGAAGUAACUGGCCGCUCCGAGGUAGCAAAGGAACGUACUGGGAAGGAGGGAUCCGAGCUGUUGGCUUUGUCCAUAGCCCACUUCUGAAAAACAAAGGCACAGUGUGCAAGGAACUUGUGCACAUCACGGACUGGUACCCCACCCUGAUCUCCCUGGCCGAAGGGCAGAUCGAUGAAGACAUUCAGCUCGAUGGAUAUGAUGUCUGGGAGACCAUUAGUGAGGGGCUCCGUUCACCCCGAGUAGAUAUUUUGCACAACAUUGACCCCAUGUAUACCAAAGCAAAAAAUGGUUCCUGGGCUGCUGGCUAUGGGAUCUGGAACACUGCCAUCCAGUCGGCCAUCCGAGUGCAGCAUUGGAAGUUGCUCACAGGCAACCCUGGCUAUGGUGACUGGGUGCCCCCGCAGUCGUUCAGCAACCUCGGGCCCAACCGGUGGCACAAUGAACGGAUCACUUUGUCCACUGGCAAAAGCCUAUGGCUUUUCAACAUCACAGCUGACCCCUACGAGAGGGUGGACCUCUCCAGCAGGUAUCCAGGGAUCGUGAAGAAGCUUCUACGGAGGCUUUCCCAGUUCAACAAGACUGCAGUUCCAGUCAGGUACCCUGCUAAAGAUCCCAGGAGUAACCCACGUCUCAAUGGGGGGGUCUGGGGCCCCUGGUAUAAAGAAGACAAGAAAAGGAAGGCAAACAAGAAUAAGGCCGGGAGAAAGAAAAGUAAGGCAAAAAAGGAGAAAGGACCGAAAGCACGCUCAUCAUUCCCAAGCUGCCUUGCAGGGGUCCCUCGUGGCUAAGUCAAAACAUGUUUCCAAAUUGGCUAAGUUUAAAUCAUAUCUUACUCUUGCACCUGUUCGGCAGGUACUCCAGCAGAAUUUGGGCUCAGACAUACCUCUGCCAUAGGGGAAGUCAGGUUGUCUGCAUGUGACACCCGCUCACCACAGGGAAAACUAUUUAUUACACCAGGUGCCAAAGUUGCUACCUCUUUAUAAAACGUGUGCUUUCGAUCCUGGGGUGGGGGGGAAUGAGAGCCUGCAAUGCUAAUUUGAUGGCAAUCUACUGGGCAGUAUGAUUAAAAACGAAUUUUAGAAGUGUGUCAUCUCAAAGGCUUUGAAAAAAAUAUAUUUUCUAAGUGAAUAUUUUGGUAUCUCUAUCAUACGAAACUUGGGUAUUUACAUUGAUUCUGUUCCAUGUAUCAUUUCCUUUCCUUUGAGAAUAAGCUGUUUUUCUCACAUGAGACCCUCCUUUGAUCAUACCCAAGGGAAUGUCAAGGACCUUUGAGAAUACUGCCCAAAAUGAAUGUAACUACUUUCUAAAUACUUUAAUAGAGUAGCGUUUCAAUAUAAAGUAUGUAAUUUAUUUUUGCACAAGAAAUAUUUUUGUGUCCAUAAAACUUAUGCAAAAGACAUGAAUUAUUGUAUUUCUAUUUUCUACAUAUCCUUAAAAGAAUUUUAUCUCAUUUCUUCCAGAUUGCCAAUCACUGUAAUAUCAUAACUUACUGUGAUACGGUGUAAAGCCAUCGAAUAUAAUGAGAAAAUUAUUUGGAAGAUAAAGUUAUAAUCAUGAUUGUUCAAUUAUUAUUGUGAAUGUGAUUAGAUGAAUAUAAUUUUUAGAAAUCACUUGGAAAUUGUGCAGAGUUGAUACAACUUUAUUGUUUUCACCACAAACUAUUUAUAUCUGUUAAUUAUU